AGUUACAGAGGUGAGGUUAUGGAAAAGAAACAUGGCGAGGUCGUACCUUAAAAUGAUUCACACAGUUCUAAACAGCAGUCUCCAGGGAAAAGUUCUGUGUUUUUUCUUAAUUUAUUAAACCUUUAUUUAACCAGAAAAACUAAAAAAGAAAACCUCUCAAGAUUAAAAAUCUCUUUUUCAAGAAGGUCCUGGUCAAACAGGAAGCAACGUAAGUUACAGACAGACAACACAGACCAAAACUACAAAAUAAAACCCACCCCAGUCUGGGCCACUCAGGACAAACUCUCUUGUUUACCCCCUUCAGAACAUUGGUUACAUGAUUGCAGCCCUCCAAAAUAUAUGGCUUACCGUAUGCAAAGAUUACUGGCUCAUGAUUUCAUAGGGAGGCCAUGAUGACAGCAGAGGACCUUUUGAACGCUCUGGAGGAUCUGAAAGACGAUGAAUUUAAGACCUUCAAAUGGUACCUGCAGCAGCCUGACAUCCUGGAAAGCUACCAAGCCAUCAAAGUGUCCAAACUGGAGAAAGCAGAAAGGCGGGACACAGUGAAUGUGAUGGUGAACACCUAUAAACCUGAUGGAGCUCUGAAGGUGACCAAGAAGGUCUUAGAGAAGAUCAACAGGAAUGAUCUGGUGCAGAGUCUGUCAGACACCAGCUCAGGACCACGAGUGUCAGUGGAUGUCGGUGACAUUGGAGAGACUUCAGAGAACAGAAGAACUUCCUCCUCUCAGAGCGAAGAUGUGAUUGUUCCAGUACCAGAGCCACGGCACGUCUCAUAUUACCAACACCUACUUCAGUCACACUUCCAAGAUAAGUUUAUGUGUGCACAAGAGGGGUGGGCACAGAAGAAGGAUGAGGAGUGUCUGGAUGAUAUCUACACAGAGCUGUACAUCACAGCUGGAGGUGACGUACACAUCAACACACAGCAUGAGGUCACACAGAUUGAGGCCAAGAGGAAGCCAGCAGAUACAGAGAAAACAAUUAAACCCUGUGACAUGUUCAAACCCCCCUCUGGAAGGUAUAAACCCAUUAGAACAGUGCUGACCAAUGGAAUCGCAGGAAUUGGAAAAACAUUUCUUGUGCGCAAGUUUGUGUUGGACUGGGCUGAAGGAAGAACCAAUCAAGAUGUGCAUCUUGUUUUCCCCUUCACCUUCCGCCAGCUGAAUUUAUGGAAAAGAGAGAAGUUGUGUUUGGCAGAGCUCAUUCAUGAAUGUAUCAGGGAGACCAAAGACAUCAAGAGAGAAGCUCUUAAUUACAUCUUUACAACUCUGCAGUCAUCAGGAAACACCAACUUUGACAAGAGCAGGUUCAAACUUCUCUUUGUGUUGGAUGGACUGGAUGAGAGCCGCCUUCAACUGGACUGUUCUAAUAAUAAAAACCAGGAGGCGGACUUUGAUGUGACAGAGUCGAUCCCGGUGGAUGUGCUGGUAACAAACCUCAUCAAGAAGAAUCUGCUUCCCUCUGCUCGCCUCUGGAUAACCACACGACCUGCAGCAGCCAGUCAGAUCCAUUCUGAUUUUGUGGACAUCAUGACAGAGGUUAGAGGGUUCACUGACCCACAGAAGGAGGAGUACUUCAGGAAGAGAUUCAGAGAUGAGGAGCAGGCCAACAGAAUCGUCUCCCACAUCAAGAAAUCACGAAGCCUCCACAUCAUGUGCCACAUCCCAGUCUUCUGCUGGAUCACUGCUACAGUUCUGGAGGAUGUCAUGAAGACCAGAGAGGGAGGAGAGCUGCCCAAGACCCUGACUGAGAUGUACGCAGAAUUUUUGAAGUUUCAGAUCCAUCAGACAAAAGACAAGUAUGAUCCCAAAAAAUGCAGGCGGUACAUUAAAUCAUUAGCAAAACUGGCUUUCCACCAACUGGAAAAGGGCAACCUGAUCUUCUACGAGAGAGAUCUCAAAGAGAGUGGCAUUGAUGUCAGUGGAGCCUCGGUGUGCUCAGGAGUGUUCACAGAGAUCUUCAAAGAGGAACGUGGGAGGAAGAAAGAUGAAGACAGGAUGUUCAGCUUUGUCCAUUUGAGUGUUCAGGAGUUUCUGGCAGCUUUAUAUGUAGAGAGGGAACUCGUUAACAGAAACAAGAAUGUGAUGUCUGAACCAGGGCAAACUUGUGGUGGACAAGUGAGAAAGGUUUUCAGCAAAACAUCUACGACAGAGGUCCACAUGUUUGCUAUUAACAAGGCCUUACAGAGUCCAAAUGGACACCUCGACCUGUUCCUCCGAUUCCUCCUGGGUCUUUCACUGCAGACCAAUCAGAGACACCUACGAGACCUGCUGAAAAAGAAAAGAAGCUCAGAGACCAAUCAGGAAACAGUCCAGUACAUCAAGGGGAAGAUCAGUGAGAAUCUGUCUCCAGAGCAAAGCAUCAACCUGUUCCACUGUCUGAAUGAACUGAAUGAUCGUUCUCUAGUGGAGCAGAUCCAACAGUACCUGAGUUCAGGAAGUCUGUCCACAGAUAAACUGUCUCCUGCUCAGUGGUCAGCUCUGGUCUUCAUCUUACUGUCAUCAGAAAAUGAUCUGGACGUGUUUGACCUGAAGAAAUACUCUGUUUCAGAGGAGGCUCUUCUGAGGCUGCUGCCAGUGGUCAAAGCCUCCAACAAAGCUCUACUGAGUGAUUGUAAUCUGUCAGAGAGAAGCUGUGGAGCUCUGUCCUCAGUUCUCAGCUCCCAGUCCUCCAGUCUGAGAGAGAUGGACCUGAGUAACAACAAACUGAAGGAUUCAGGAGUGAAGCUGCUCUCUGCUGGACUGGAGAAUCCACACUGUACACUGGAGACUCUCAGCUUGAGUCACUCCAGGCUCACAGAGAAAUGCUGUCAGGAGCUGUCCUCAGUUCUCAGCUCCCAGUCCUCUCAUCUCAGAGAGCUGGACCUGAGUAACAACAACCUGCAGGAUUCAGGAGUGAAGCUGCUCUAUGCUAAAAUGGAAAGUCCACACUGUGCACUGGAGACUCUCAGGCUGAGUGGCUGUAAUCUGUCAGAGAGAAGCUGUGGUGCUCUGUUCCCAGUUCUCAGCUCUCAGUCCUCUCGUCUCAGAGAGCUGGACCUGAGUAACAACAACCUGCGCGAAUCAGGAGUGAAGCUGCUCUCUGCUGGACUUGAAAGUCCACACUGUACACUGGAAACUCUCAGGUUGAGUCAAACUAGGCUCACAGAGAAAUGCUGUCAGGAGUUCUCAUUGGUUCUCAGCUCCCAGUCCUCUAGUCUGAGACACCUGGACCUGAAUAACAAUGACCUGCAGGAUUCAGGAGUGAAGCUGCUCUCUGCUGGACUGGAGAGUCAAAACUGUACACUGGAAACUCUCAGGCUGUCAGGCUGUCAGAUCACAGAGGAAGGCUGUACCUCUCUGGCCUCAGCUCUGAGAUCCAACCCCUCCCAUCUGAGAGAGCUGGACCUGAGCUACAACCAUCCAGGAGACUCAGGAGUGAAGCUGCUGACCGCUGGACUGGAGGACCCACACUGGAGACUGGACACUCUCAGGUUGGAACACGGUGGAGAGCAGAGGCUGAAACCUGGUCUGAGAAAGUAUGCCUGUGAACUCACACUGGACACAAACACAGUCAACAGAAACCUCAAACUGUCCGACAACAACAGGACGGUGACAGCAGUGAGAGAGGAGCUGCCAUAUUCUGAUCAUCUGCAGAGAUUUGACUACUGGCCUCAGCUACUGUGUAAAACUGGUCUGACUGGUCGCUGUUACUGGGAGGUGGAGUGGAGAGGAAGAGUUUAUGUAUCAGUGAGUUACAGAGGAAUCAGGAGGAGAGGGAGCGGUAAUCGCUGCAGGUUCGGAGGGAAUAAUAAGUCCUGGAGUCUGAGCUGCUCUGAUGUUGAUGGUUACUCUGUCUGGCACAGCAAGAGGAGUACAGUCCUCUCCUCCUCCUCCUCCUCCUCCUCCUCUUCCUCCUCUGUCUCUAACAGAGUAGCAGUGUAUGUGGACUGUCCUGCUGGCACUCUGUCCUUCUACAGAGUCUCCUCUGACUCACUGAUCCACCUCCACACCUUCAGCACCACCUUCACUGAGCCUCUUUACCCUGGCUUUGGGUUUGGGCUCGGGUUAUUUUCGUUUAGUCCCUCAGUGUCUCUGUGUUCACUGUAGGAGGGAGAGUCCCCUCCUGUAUAGAAACAACCUGUCCUGCUGGGCUUCCAUUUAUACAGAGGUCACCUCAGCUCUCAACUCUGAUCCCUCCAUUCAGUGUUUGUGCCUUUUACAAAGAUAAGCAAGGCAUGAAAUUCCCACCUUGAAGAAGCAGCUUAAAAUGGGCUAAUGACUGGAUCUUGGCUGGCACUGGUAUGACAUUUUGACAAUGUGUUAUUCGAGCAUGGUCUCCAAGGUCAUUGAAAUCCGGCGCUUGGGCGAUGUCAUGCAGCAUCAAAAACCAACGGCAAAAGACAUCCUUUAACUUCGGCAUGGUACGCGGCUGGUUGCGGUUGUAGUUUAACAGUGACCGGCAGCGUUAGAGGGAAACACAUGGGGAGUGGUGGUGGAUGGGUCCAACAAACACCGACUUUCACCCCAGAGAGUGGUGUCAACGUCCCGCAAGAUUCUAAAGCCAAACCCUGUUCUUUUUUCCUAAACCCAACCAUGAGUGCGUGUUGCUGAAGGAAAAAAAAAGCCAAUUCGCGACGUUGUAUGUACGUAGUGCAUUUAUUACAAGAGAGACUGUAUGUAAAUGAAAUUUCCUUUGAAAAUGGAAGUGUAGCUUGAAAGAAGAGAACCUGACACAGUGUCCCAGAACGUCAACAACCAACACACCCAGGAUACCUUGCAUGUCAUGUGUGGACCUGGAAAGUCCAUGACCAAAACGUCAAUAUGUGACGAGGUCGGACUGAGGAUGUGUUGGUUGGUUUGAUUUUAAAAGUAGCUGUUAGCAGUUAGCGGCUAACUCAAAGACGAAGAAUAGUGGCUGAAAAUGUCGGUUAAAUGUGAAAACCAUGAGGCUCGUUUACCCUCAGAGCAGAGGACGAGAUCAGUCGCCAUAUAACAUAUAACGACUAUUAUUGACACGUUAAUGCCAUUGUUAUUGAUAAGAAAGCUCUGACGAUGCAUAUCUCAUAUGCCACACUAGAGGCAGACAAAGCUGUGUUUCACGUCACGCCUGUCACGCCUGUCACGCCUCUGCCGGCAUGCUGACUAUAAUCCCACAGUGGAGUGACAUGACACCACUGCUUGCUUCUGUGUAAAAACAUAAAGGUUGCAUAGAGAGGGGACUUUGUAGUGGCUCUAUAGCGCCAUCUCUGUGUAAAAAAAAAAAAAAAGGCAGUCAUUAUUCAUACGCACAAGAAGACAUCAGUCUCAUUUCUUUCUGGUAAAUGCACGACAUGUCUGUGAUUUUAAAUAACUUGAAGCAACUUAAAAACCAUUUUCAUUCUGAUUUGAAGGAUUUGUUCCUUCACGCAAAUAAACACAGAAUCUAUUCUCAAUAAAAUCAGGUUCUACACACACAUAAUAUGAAAAUACAUUUAUUUCCAACAAAAAUACUAAUCAUCUUAAGGUCACGACAUAGCCUACUUAAAUGAUACUCGCAGUUUACUCAAAGAUGCCUUAUCAUUUUAAUAUAUUUAAAGUUUGUAUGUAUGGAUAGAAAAUUCAGUUAUAUUACAAAAUAAUAUCUCUCAAAGACAGAAAUUCAGAUAGGCCCCAAUAGAUAGGGGACACAUGCACACACUAGAGUGUGGCUACCCGA